AUGCCUCCCAAGAAGUGGGAUGAAGAGAAGAGCGGCGAGGAGAGUUCCGGCCCUGCCUCCCCCGUUGGCGGCGCCAUCCCCAUUCGCCGCAAGUUCGAGGACGAGGAGGAUGAGGACGACGUUCUCGAUUCCUGGGACGCUGCCGAAGACUCCGAGGUCGAGCGCGAGAAGGCUAAGAAGGCCGAAGAGGCAAAGGCCAAGGCCCUCGAGGAGGCCAAGAAGAAUAAGAAGUCCAAGGCUCAGCGCAUCGCUGAGCUUAAGGAAGAGCGCGCCCGUCUCGAAGCCGAGGACUCUGACGAGGAGGAGACCGAGGCCCAGAAGAGAGAGCGCCUCCGCCGCACCGAGAAGGAGUCGGACCUGAAGCACGCCGAAGACCUCUUCGGUGAUAUCGGCGUCCCCGCCGGCCGCAAGGCCAACACCGCCGGCACCGCUGUUCAGAUCGACCCCAACGACCCGACCAAGACGGCCAACAUCGCUGAUAUGCCCCUCUUCAACCCCACCACCAAGACCCAGUUUGAGCACCUCCGCACCACGCUGACCCCCAUCCUCGCCAACAACUCCCGCAAGGCUCACUACGGCCUCUUCCUCCAGGAGUUCACCAAGGCCCUCGCCAAAGACCUUCCCAGCGACCAGAUCAAGAAGAUUGCCAGCACCCUCACCGCCCUCGGCAACGAGAAGAUGAAGGAGGAGAAAGCCGCACAGGGUGGCAACAAAAAGAGCAAGGCGGCCAAGACCAAGGUUUCCGCUGUUGUCAGCCGUGCCCCUACUGCUGACACCGAGACCUACGAAGAUGACGGUUUCGGAGAGUGA